AUGGCCUUAAAGACUGGUUGUGGAAUUAUAUAUGUGUUCGUGUUCUUUAAAAUAAUACUGGCUUUUUCGGAACAAUUAACGGACGACAGUCGCUUGGACCGCCGAAAGCGCGCUAUUGAAUGGGGACCGGAUAUCGCCGGUCCAUUCUGCGCCAAACGGGCACCACAGUGCUGCCCGGACCGACUGGACGAGUGCUCGGUGCCCGUAAUGGAUACGUUUUGUUACUGCGACGAAUUUUGUGACCGGGACCGUAGCGACUGCUGCCCGGACUUCCAAUCCGUCUGCCGGCGUCGGCCGGUCACACCAUCCCCGAUACGCGCUCACUGCGAGUACAAUGGAAGAUACUUCCAACAGAAUGACCAGGUGAAGAUUAACUGUAACCUGUGUCGAUGUGUGAGCGACAUCCGCAGUGCCAGCGGCUAUUCGUUUCAGUGUGAAAACAACGUAUGCCUGAUACAAGAGAAUGUGAUAAACACCAUCAACAAAAACUCAAACAGGUACGGAUGGCAGGCGAGCAACUACUCUCAGUUUUGGGGCCUCACGCUGGAAGAGGGGCGAAGAUAUCGGCUGGGAACCAACAAACCGGAUGAGCUCGUCAUGAAGAUGUCGAACCUUGAGGUACUGAACGAGGAAAGUCUGCCUCGCGAGUUCGACUCCCGGAAGAAGUGGCCUGGUUGGGUACACGGGAUCCGUGACCAAGGAAACUGUGCAGCAUCUUGGGCAUUCUCUACAACCGCACUGGCAGCUGACAGAUUGUCUAUCGAGUCGCGGGGCGCCAUGCUGUUGAACCUGUCCCCCCAGAACCUGCUCUCGUGUAGUCUUAACAACCAGGAAGGGUGUCUAGGCGGCAGCUUGGAUAGGGCCUGGUGGUUCCUUAGACAUCGAGGGGUGACGACGGAGGCAUGCUACCCCUACACCAGUGGUGCAACCGGCAAUAACGGCACAUGUCUUGCACGGGACCUGCAGCGGGAUCGCUUGUGCCCGGCCGGGCGACAGAGCCGUGAAAAGCUUAUUUAUCAGGCUACGCCCCCAUACAGAAUCUCAUCCUCGGAAAAGGAUAUUAUGUCAGAAAUACAAAUGAAUGGACCAGUACAAGCGACGUUCCGUGUUCAGGACGACUUCUUUAUGUACCGCUCUGGGGUUUACAAGUACUCGCGCACGGGCUCGGUCUCCGCCUCCCGGGAGGACGAUAGAAGGCUGAACCAUUCCGUCCGGAUCAUCGGGUGGGGCGAGGAAGUUAUAGGUCAGCGACUCGUGAAAUACUGGCUAUGUGCAAACUCGUGGGGUACGGCCUGGGGCGAAGGUGGCUACUUCCGGAUCGAGAGGGGGUCAAACGAGUGCGAGAUCGAGUCCUUCGUGCUCGGUGUCUGGGGUAAGGUGGAAGCGGACAUGGAGCUACGGGAACUGCUCAACUUAUUCCGCGCAGAACGCGUACGCGUGAGCACUGAACAAGGCAGAAGUAGGGGCAGACGACACUUGAGACGUCAUCGCAGGCGACGGAACAAUCACAAAAAGCAGAAGUGAAAAUCUGCAUACGGCUUGGUUCAAGACAAUACAAAUGGCAAUUCAUGCCGUCAUUACUAAACGAGAACUAUUAUACCUUAAUUCCUGAUUUAUAAUGUUGUCAGAUGACAGAGUUACAUAACAUUAUUUUCAACGAAACUGAAACAUAAAUCCAGUGUGUACCCAAUAUGAUUCUAAAUAAAGCAUCAUCUUCGUGGUCGGAAACUCAAGUAAGGGAAAGCUUUUUAACUAACCAAAUAAUGUAUUCAAAUGGUCGCAUCCAGUUUACCCCCAAUUAAUGGCGAGAAAGCGAUUUUAGUGUAAUCACAAGCAAUUAGAAGCAAAGAGUGCUGAUUGAGCAAAAGUUUUUAGUAGUGAAUAUUUGUUAUUGCAAUGAAGCUUAGUAAAGGCCACAAAACAGUGAUCAGUUGUGCAAAG